GCCAUCUUGAGCUGUCUGCGGUUUGAUACAAUGGACUACAGAUAUAUCACAGUCACAAAAGCCCACGAGGGGACAUUUACCUGGAUUCACGAGCCAGCUUCAUUUAGUGCCUCGCCUGGAUCUGGCUCGUUUUUUGAAUGGCUCGAGUCUCCCACCGCUGUGUACUGGGUUUCUGGGAAGCUUGGUUCCGGGAAGUCAACCCUGAUGAAAUACCUCUGUGAGCUUCCUGCCAUCCGGGAACGGCUUUUGCACUGGGUGCCGGCGACUUGUCAGAAAGGCGAACGGCUCCAGUUGGUCUUUGCGAGUUUUUUCUUCUGGAAUGCAGGGCGAAGCUCUCUGCAAAAGUCCCAGGCUGGCCUGCUACGCCAGCUCCUGUACGAGAUCCUUCGACAGUGUCCGAAUCUCAUCUCGGUCGCAUAUCCCGAGCAGUGGCAAGAGUACACCGCUAGCGGAGCUGUACUGACGGACGAGUCGAGAAAGGUUGGCUUGGAAGUUGCGGAACUCGUUCAGGCCAUUCAGAACAUCUUCGAGCACACCAAGACACAGCCGACGUUCAAACUCUGCUUCUUCAUUGACGGUCUCGACGAGUAUGAAGGAACGCCAGACGAUAUCAUUCAACUCGUAAGCCUGCUCGGUUCCUCGCAACAGGUCAAGAUCUGCGUCUCCAGCCGGCCGUGGAACGAGUUCGAAAAGGCCUUCGGCGGGAAUGCCCUCCGGCAGCUGCGGGUGCAGGAUUUAACCCGGGACGACAUAAAGCUGUUUGUCCGAGACACUCUCGAAAAGGACGCCAACUUCCAGGAGAUGAAGGAAGACGACGAGUCAUGUGUUGACUUAAUCCAAGAGAUUACCAACCGCGCCAACGGCGUUUUCUUAUGGGUUCGACUGGUCGUAAACUCUCUGCUUCAGGGCGUCACCAACGCCGACAGUGUAGCAGACCUGCGCAGGAGGCUUGACACGUUUCCGACGGACCUGUAUGAGUUUUUCGAGAGGGAGCUGUUUUCGGUUGACCCCUUCUACCGGCAGAGGACAGCACGGUUCUUCCAAGUCACCUUGACCUCGGUCGAAUUGUUGCCGCUGGUUUGCUACUGGUUCGUUGACCAAGACGACCCGGACGCCGUCGUCGCAUCCCCGGCCGAAACGUGGUCGGUACAGAGGACUAACAUUCGAAUGAGACAAAUGAAGAAGAGGCUGAACGCGUGCUGCAAGGGACUCCUCGAAGCCCAAAUGUACGACACCAACAAGCCGAGCAGCUCGCUCUCGUCGAGUAUCAUGUUCGACUUGCGAGUUGACUUCGCCCACCGGACCAUCAGAGAUUUUCUCCGCUCGCUAGAUAUCCAGAAGCUAUUUGACGAGUGGAGUGGCUCGACUUUCAACGCCGACGUGGCCAUUUGCGAGGCCAUCCUGGGGCAGAUCAAGGCCUCACCCCUCGACAAAGACUACUGCGCCAAGGGUGGCCCGGUAGCGAGGCUCGUCUACGCCUUCAAUAGCCAGACCGCGACUGGCAAUAUCCCGGUGGCACUCCGCCCGCACACCGAUGUCCUCAUCGACCAGAUCGGCAAGUUGGUCAAGCCGUUUGGCCUGAAGCACAUAGCUGAAGAGCUGUUAUCGGGUGUCUAGUAAAGACAGCGCCAUACUUGGUCGAAGACGAAGCCCACGGGACGUCGUUGAGCACCAAAAAGCCGCAGCACAUUUGGUGGCGUUACGCUUUCGCAUGGCAGCUGGGUGCUGAAGAAAGGGCGCUGAAGAAA